AGAGAAAAGAGAAAUGUCACUGAGCUGCCAGGCUUAGACUCGAACCAGGUCAGUCAAGAAAUUAUAGACAAAGCCCUCGGGAAACACAUUACACCCAUCACCCUGAAAUCCACAAUCAAAAGCAACCCCUUGUAUAGUGACAUUCAGGUGGACGAUGACUGGGAGGAGAAGAAAAAGGCCCCUUCCUGGACCGUGCAAGACUAUGACAGGCACUCGCUGCACGCUAACUUGGCCGGCCACAUCAAG